ACACUCCAACCAGGCUGAGAGAACAAUGGCAUUGAUUACCCGAAAAGAGAAUUAUGCAGGAGGCGUCCCUCUAUUCAAACAAAGAGUUGAGCACUUUAGAUGUUGACUUUGUGACUUCCCGUGGCCGCUUAACUAAAGUGCUGACUACACCGUAUGAGAACCUGUCAAGCUGGUUGCUGGCCGUCACCAAGUUCCAAGGAAUACUUUACAUCAACGAAGUGGAAACAGAAGCUGCUCGCAUAAACCGCAACAACCGCACUGAGAGUCACGAGGAAAACAUAUACUGGGGGUACAAGUUUGAGCAGUACAUAUGCUCAGAUAAAAUUGAUGGCUCACCAGAUUCGAGUGGCGUGGUCAACUCUAACGAGGCCUUCUACACCGUGGUCCAAACCUGCCUCUCAGAUCACAGACUCCUGUUCUCCGGAGAGGUGGACUGCCGGGAUAAAGCUAAUUCCUCGGAUCCUCCAGCCUGCUACUUGGAGCUGAAGACAGCAGGAAAUAUCCUCACCGACAAACAGCGUGGCAAAUUCAACAGGUUUAAGCUCCUCCAGUGGUGGGCACAGUCCUUCCUAGUCGGAGUCCCUCGCAUUGUUGCAGGCUUCCGGAAUGACGACGGAGUUGUCGUGUCUGUGAAGACUUUUGAAGUCAGCAAUAUUCCAAAGCUCGCCGAGAGUGAGGUCAACUGUUGGAAGCCAAACAUCUGCAUGAACUUCUGCAGUGAGUUCCUGUCUUUUGUCAAGCGUGUGGCGAUCGAAGACAAUCCUCAUGUGGUGUAUCUGUUCUCAAGGAAUCCCCGCUCCAACGUGACCUACACUGUACACAAGGAUUCUUCUUAUUCUUUCUUACCAGACUGGUACGUGAAGGAAAUGAUCUAAAUAUUCAUAGCGUCAGUACUAAUCUACGCUGCAGCAUGAAGUAAUUGAGGCUAAUCAAAACAAAAUGGCACAAGUACAUUUUACCACUCUCCUAGCAUCGUUCUUGGUAGGCUUUCCUGUAAUUGAUUCAUUUGUGGUAAAUGUGAGUGUUAUACAUUAUGCGUCUGCAAUGUUUACAUCAUGUACCAACAAUUAAACAUUUCUGACAAAC